AUGUUCUCGCUUGAGCAAAAAAGAUCUAUUAUUUUUCGGUUUUGCCGAUUUCGAAGCAUUAUCCGCGUUGCCGCGCUCGGCUCCAAUUAUCCUCCUGCCCACGAAGGUAUCCUCGCCGUUGUUAGAGGGGCUCAGAGUUGCAUGCAUGCCUUAUUCAAGGCCCCGCCCUGUGACGCGAUGGAUGCAGGGAGCAAGCCGGUCUCUCUUUUUGGCAAGGCUCCUGGCCUAGCUUUUUGA